AUGGCGACUCUGAGGCCAGCGCUCGCAAGCCCACGGAGGAGGGAUAGCUCAUCAUCGACGGUCAAGGCGGCAAAGCUUCCUCACGACAAGCCGAGGAACAAACACGUCAGAGACAUUCUCGGUGCAACACUGUGGGUUCACGAUGAUCAGACUUCGACAGAUGAGAUUCUGAUCAAGGAGUCCUUACUGACAACUUCGACAAUUAAGGAUGGAGACGUAAUAGAGAUCACAGCUACUCGUGCCAAUCAAGAUCGAAACGAGAGGCACGAUGAAGGCAACGCCGCGUCUGAGAGCGGGACAACAUCCGAAGCUCGACAGCACGAGUUCGUGCCCCGGCUUCUUUGCAUUGCUCGAGCUCAGAGUAGCGAUGCGAAAGGCAAGCUCAUCAACUUCGACAUUUCACUCCACUCAAGGCUAGCAGUGACUUCUGGUUUUCGAUCAAGGGACACAGUUGAGGUCCGCGCGACAGACGUUGGUACUCAUACGGCGUCUCACGUCGAGCUAGGCUUUAGAGAUGUCUAUCUCGCAAGAUCCGACAUGUGGCGCAUGGUUGGGCAAGAACUUGCCAACAAGUUCGUUCACGUUGGUCAGAGAAUCACCUUCCUAGGAAGUGUCAGAGUUAUUGUCAAGGCAAUACACGUUCGAGGCCAUCGGGUGGCAGCGGCGUACUUCUCCGGAAAUACCGUACCCGUCUUUCGCAGCGAGGCGGCGCGCUACGUGAUAUUCAUCCAGAUGUCGCGUGAGAUGUGGGGCUUCGAUUCCGAAGGCAAUGGCGAGAUCUUGUUCAACAGGGUCAUCAAUGGUUUUCUUCCGGAUCUGUUCAAGCGAUGGACCACGCUGGAGGUGCGACAUUUGGUUAGUAUUGUGCUCUUUGGUCGCCAGGAGUACACUCAGUACGAUCUUGACCUGCAAACACUCAGCUCGCGCAUGCUAAACACUUCGCCGCCGAAGCGGAAACUAUAUCAAGACUUCUACAAGGUUGUCGUUACCGAUAUGGCAAGUGCUCAGUGGACCACGAUCCUUGAUGAGCUCAAGAAGAACUUCAGAGUCUUCCUUCGUGAUGUCUCCCUGUUCCCACCCCAGGAAGCUGUGGAUGUAACUCCAGAUUCUCGCAAGGAAUCCAAAAUUACGGGGCGGCUGACCACUGCACUGAAGGGAAAUAUUCUGGAAGCAAUCAACAUGGCUUCGAUGCAAUUCUCAAAUGACUACGUGGACAGAGACUUGAUUCGCACCGGAGUGUCGGUAGUUGUGGUGACUGCAGGUGCUGGGGUGUACGAAGUUGACAAGGACCUCUUGAAUCUAACGUCAGAGAACCUCACCAACAAUGGCAUCGGAAUUGACAUAGUGUGUCUUGCAAAGAUGCCACUCCAUUCAGUCCCAUGCUUCAAGUACAGGACCAACAAGGACGAGCCGCCAGCAGUCCAGACUCAGAGCCUGAGCAGCGCGGGAAACUCCCCGACAGGUCGCAGCCUUAUUCCUGCCGGCCUCAGCGCACCGACAUCCUUUCGCGGAUCGCCUCUGCUUCACUCAGUCAACAGCUCUGAGUUACAUCCUUUCUCACAGAUAUCAUCAUCAAUUCCGAGGGCUCGCCCGCAGGCUGGCCCCAAGUCUCAUCAAAUGUCUGUCCAGUCAGUGAACAAGCAUAACUUCGGCAAGGAAAGGAAAGAGUCCUUUGUGCCCCGUGUGCGCAUGUACGAGAUCCAGAUGAUGGGUCUCACAGAAAUGGGUAUGGCAGAUAUCAGCAUUCCGUGGAUGUCAGAGACGCAGGAAUCUGAGCCAAAGCGACGCAAACGCAGGAAAUCAUACCACCAGCAGUUCGCCGGCUCGAGAAGCCUGUCUCAUUCUCCCAGCAUCUCCAGAAAGAGCAUUCGAUUGGACUCCGCAUCAUUCAAAGGGCAUAGUCUCCUUGCUGCUGGUCAAAAACUUCAUCGUGAGACAUUCAACAAGAUGGACAAAUACGAUGACUCGGUAUUCAAGCCUGCUGCGCUGAAAAGGCGGCUCGCCUCGACAGACGCAUCUACAAAGACCAGUUCUAAGACGCAAGGCCCCGGAUCUAUCUCAUCACAGAAUGUUGUGACUACUGGUGACGCUGCCGAAGAAGCACGACAGGCUGUAGAGUCAACAUCUCACAGCACAAGGCCAGCCUCACCAGUCCGGUCUGAGACUGCCAGCAUAACGAAGCUAAGUAAGCAGCGCAGUCCUCAAGCAGUAAAAGCUUCCCGAAACGCGAGCUAUGCGCUCAGAGGCCUACUGCCGCCAACGCGCGCGACAGCAAGCACAGAGAUCAACGUUGAGAACGCUCAGGCGCAAAUGCAGAAAACGUCAGCGCCUAAAGCUCGCCCGCAGAUAGGCACCAAUACUCACGGCAUUCGCUCGUUGUCCCUGUACAGUAAUGCCUCUACAGCCACGACGACAUUUGCGCCCUCGUUGCUUGGCAGCGAAUUGUCGCCAGUCUCUUCAAAUCCUGGCGGCGAUCGACCUUCGACACCAAUAAAAAUAGCCCAGCCGCAAAGAAUCGCCAAUGGAUCUGAUUCGAUAUCCAUCCGCGACGCGAAACCGAAGCGGCCAGGAGCUGAUCCAAAAGAGCCUCCAAAAGACAACCCAGCAGUCAGCACCGCCUCAUCAGCAAGUGGCUCGGAUUCAAGCAGCUCUGAUUCAGAGGGAACAUCGGACAUCCUCUCAAGCUCAGUCCCGAAGAGCGUUCUUCCAUUCAUUCGUAACGUCAACGCUUCGAAUCCGCUGAAAGGCAACCCGAACAGAGAAUCGUUCUUCGGGCGGUGGCAGCAUCUCUAUCCACGUAAACCUCGAGCCGCAAUUGUCAAAUGGCGAUCGCUUUGCACACCUGCCGCUGUGCCCCUGACUACUGAGGACUUUCCUUCCAAAGACAGCCUUAGUACAGAUUAUAAAAUUAUUCGCGAUUUUACUGUCACCGUCGGCAACCUUGACGACAUGACCAGUGGGCCGAAGUCAAGAGACGAGCUACUACGUGAAAUGCUCUCAGUCAGAUUCGCACACGGGUAUCAACUUGUUGUAGGACCACGAAUGAACAAAUUCGAAGGGCCUGGCCUACACGACGUCUCCUUCUUCUUCAAUCCGGAUGCUCAGCGUCAUGCUGGUCAAUAUCUGUUCAUGUCUAUGGGCAUUACGAUACAGAAGCUGACACUACUCGACGACAGGCGCAUUCAAGUGACUCGGUACCAACGAAAUCCACUGCCCUCGCAGGAUCUUCUACCGAAAGAGGUGUCGUAUGAAUCAUACGUAAGAACGAUUCUGGCCGACGACUUCAAGAAGCAGACAAUGACGAUCUCUGGCUAUGACGAAGAGUAUCCAUGGGAACUAGCGGACAACUACCUUGCAAACACUGGCAAGUCUGCUGAGUCUGCUAUCCAAACGCUCCGAUUCUGGCGAGCACGAUUUGUGCUGCUACCCGUGGAGCCGCCGGCCAACGCGUUCCGGCCGACUGCAGCUGACAGCGAGGAGAACGAAGAAGAAAUACAUCUUCGUGGAAUACGAGCAUUGACUCAGGCGUGGCAAAAGUUGCGAUACGUUCCGCCCGAAGAGAGGCGGCCAGCUCAGAACCGCAUGAGCGCUUUCAAGUCGAAAGAUCGUAAUCCUUUGAGUAUCAAGAUUGAAACUUUGAACCCAUCCGAAUUGGUGGCCACAGAGCUUGACAAGUUGCUUGCUGCAGAAGAAGCUGGCGAGGUGUCAAUGGCGCAGCUGCUUCCGGAAGAAGAGCAAUUCGAUCGUGAGACUGCCAAGCUUGGUAAGAUAGCAGCGGCAAUACAGGGCGACCGCGGCAUAGAGAUCAAGAAUCGACGAUGGCAUCUACGACUUCAUUACAGUUGCUUCCAUGGAGAAGACUUAACAAAUUGGCUGGUACAGAAUGUCCGCGACAUCGACACGAGAGACGAAGCCGUUGAAUUUGGUAAUGAGCUAAUGAAGGAGGGCCUCUUCGAGCACGUCAACAGCCGACACAACUUCAAGGAUGGAACCUUUUUCUACUCGAUCAAGUCCGAGUGGCGGGCUCCGCGCACUGAGGCUCGUCAGUCGUGGUUUCCUAGCAGUCGAAAGUCGGACAAGUCAACACCAGCAACUCCUGCACUCGAACAGACGAUCAAGGAGUCGGCAUCAGCUGCUGCACGAGGACGUGCUGCUACAUCCAGCCUUCCCACAGCUCUGACGCCUAUGAGCAAUGACACAAGUCGACCGGCGCCCGAGCGCAAGAAGCUGGCAGUGUCUCUAAGCAAGAUGAUACGCCUUGAUGUUGACACUAGAAAGCGAUCCGGGCGACCUGAAAUAGUGCACCUUCACUACGACCGCAACCACAGUCCAGAAAAUUGCUACCAUCUCGAGCUGUCGUGGCUAAAUGUCACGUCAAAGUUGGUUGACGACGCGAUCGUCUCGUGGACAACGACCGCCGAGCGAUAUGGCCUGAAACUGGUCGAAGUCCCUAUCGUCGAAGCUUGCAAAGUGCCCGAGAACGAACCAUUCCGGAGCGCUUACCGCAUCAGACUUGCCGUACCACCUCCUUCCCAGCCUCAACGCCAGAACGGAAAUGGCAACAGCUUCUUCACCGCGACUUCCUUCACACCGCACGAACCAGUCCGGACGGAUCCGCAUUUCUUCCAGAAGGCGCUACUGAAGCACUUCAACUUCGUCCUCGACCUUGAAGGUAUCAGCGAGUUCCCAGAGAAUGUUGAGAUCAAUUACUCAUGGGGCAAGCUGAACUAUACCUACACACAAUUCGUUCACCGAUCGGGCGUCAUCCUUGGACAGAUUACUGGUGAAGGAGAUAUCCUCCUGCUUGCAAAUCGUCUCUACAACUCACGACUGGCGUCCACAAAGGAUACCAACGCAAAGCUCGAAACCACAAGGCAGCUCAACGCAGCCGCUUACGCUCUUCGACCCGUCGCACACGCGCAAAACGCAGCGAAAGAUGGACAGAUGCAAGCCUCUGGAAUCGUGGGCAUCAACGUACAAUCGCCAGCAAUGUCAAGCACGUCACAUGCUCUCUCCUCCCCGUCACCCAUGCUGCGUCCGCUGCCACGGCCUCUCGUUCCCCCAAACACAGUCAGCAACUCUACUAGUGCAUCCGCUAUGAACUCGACAGCGUCCGUACCGCUCGCUGCACGCCUCAAUGCUUCGAUCACCGGAGCCGCAAGUCCUUUAAGCACUUCAGGUGCUCCCACGUCCGCUGCCCAAUUACCUAGCAUCUCCACCGCACUUGCGCAGCAACCGCCACCGGCACUGCCGACCCAGACUGCCCACCAACAACAAGUGACAGCCGACGUCUUCGGCCCUUGGCGCCCCAUGCCCAACGCCCUCGCCCAAUUCAUCACCCCCGAGCAAAUCAAAGACGAGCUCGAACGUUUCUGCUCUGACGCGGGCACACUCGAGGCAUUCUACGCCGACACUUUUCUUGCGAUGGCGCAGCAACAGGAAGCGGACGUAUCAGCUGGGAAUCUGACGCCGGUGCACAGCGGGAGGCGAAGUAGGGGCGGGAGCGUGCCGGGCACGCCCGUGAGUGCUGCUGCGGACAGGGAGGUUGGGUCUGCAGAGCGCGGCAAGAAACGUGGCAGUGUGGCGAUGACGGGGAGUAGCUUGCUCAGACCCGUCGCGGAGAGUGAGCUCGACAGGACCGGCAGUGAUGGCAGUGGCGGCGGUACGAGUGGAAUUCCGGAGAUGAGUUUGCCGGAGAGCGUACAGGCACUUCGAACCAAGGACAAGGACAAGGACAAGGACAAAGACAAAGACAAGGAGGGCGGAAAGAUGGGAUGGGGCUUAGGGCUGGGAAGGAAGGGCUGA